UCAUUGCGGUGGUUGUAGAAGAACAGGUGGUGCAAAAAAAUGGCAACUGUGGGCUUGAGCUACAGCUGGAGUCCAUGGAGUACGGUGCGUGCAGCACGGCGCUCCUCUUGGCGAGCUGGCGAGCGCCGUCCAGCCAGACGAUCCGUGGCCUGUGGCCGGGAAGGGGAGCACAAGAACCAGGAAGGAAGGAAGGGGUGGGGCUGCUUGGCAUGGGGUCACAGGUCACAGGUUUUGGCAGCACUGCAGUUUGUUGCCUCUCUGUCCAUCUGUGGUUGGCGGUACGCUGAUGUCCGCCACGUUGUUGCCGGGAGACUCGUCGUGGCCCGACCGGUCAGCGAUCUGCUUCUGUGACACGAUGCGGUAGAUCUCUAGAGGAAAGAGAGCAGAGAGUUCAUCUGCAGCAUCUCUCUCUCGCACGCACGCACUCGAGCGCUGAAUGGAGCAGAGGCUCUCGUUCAGGAAGCCCGUACCCCUGUGUGCGCGCCGGGGGUCCCUCCUGCCCCCUUCCUGCCCCAGCGCGUCCCUCCCACUGACUUGAGUGACCCCACGCGCUCAGGUCACACCCGCAUCUCGAGCCACAGCACGGACCCCCGCAACAGGCUGUUCUUGCUCAGAUUUCCUCAACAGUCUAAAAUGCAGCAGGCAGGCAGGCGCUCACGAGGAGGAGAUGAGCUGCGUUCGAGGCCCAUUCCUGCCCCCGAUGACCCGGCCUGCCAGCGGCGGACACACGAUCUGCAGCGCAAGCCGCAGCUCGUGCUCCCUGCGCGCCACGAGUCCCCCCGCUGGCGCUGCGUUUCGUUCCGCACUUUCUCUUCCGGCUCCCGUUGGCUGCGCGUCACCGAGAGGGUCGUGUGAACGCGCCGCUCGUCCCCGAGAGAGAGGGUGCUCGUGCUCGUGCUCGUGCUCCGCAGACCAGAGGACCCGGGCGCACAGAGCGGAGACUGGCUGCACUGAAGCGUCUCCUAUGCUAAUGAGCUCGUGGGUUUUGCUAAUUAAAGACGAUCUAUAAGAGGACGUGGUGACGUAGAAGAGGCGCUAAUUAGUCGAUGAGCUUCGCGAUGAGCGCGGCGAACGGGAACGCGGACAUGAUGAUGGAGCAGAAGGAGCCCAAGGAGGAGGAGGAGGAGGAAGAAGAAGAGGAAGAAGAGGAGGAGGAGGACUUGGGCUCGGCGACGCAGUGCGAACAAUACUGCGUCAAAAUGUCGACUGAGGCGGGUGCGGAUAAAGCAGCAGGCCCAGCAAGUGGGAUGAAUGGCAAGGCUGUCGGAGAACCCCGGAAGGAGCGUCCCCAGAAGCGAGGAGGCGGCGGCGGUCGCUUCGAGCCCUAUGGGAAUCCAUCCAAGCGAUACCGUGUUUUUGUCAGCAACAUUCCCUUUGAUGUGAAAUGGCAGGCGCUCAAAGAUCUUAUGAAAGAAAAAGUGGGUGAGGUUACAUACGUGGAACACUUAAUGGACGCUGAAGGCAAGUCGAGGGGCUGUGCGGUUGUUGAGUUCAGGACUGAAGAGCUCAUGAAAAAGGCUGUGGAGAAGGUCAACAAGCACAUCUUGAAUGGGAGGCCUCUUAAAGUGAAAGAGGACUUGAAUGGAGAGUUUGCAAGGCGGGCUGCACAGAGGGCACAAGGAGGUGGUCCACCUGGGGGGAUGGCCAUGGGCAUGGGUCCAGGCCCUGGUGCUCCACCCAUGGUCAACAUCCCCCCAAGCCUCUUGAAUAAUCCCAACAUCCCUAGUGAGAUAAUCCAUGGGCUCCAGGCAGGGAAAAUUGGCAGUACAGUCUUCGUGGCCAAUCUUGACUACAAGGUUGGGUGGAAGAAGCUGAAAGAAGUGUUCAGCAUGGCUGGAGUGGUGGUGCGUGCCGAUAUCCUUGAAGACAAAGAUGGCAAAAGCCGUGGCAUGGGCACAAUCACCUUUGAGAUGCCCAUCGAAGCUGUGCAAGCUGUCUCUAUGUUCAAUGGCCAGCUGCUGUUUAACAGGGUCAUGCAUGUCAAACUGGAUGAGAAAUCUUUUCCGAAAGAUGACUUUGUACCACCUGAGAGGCCUCCAGCCCUUCCCCGUGGUCUUAGUGGUAUUGGCCUGGGACUAGGACCUGGUGGCCAGCCCAUCGAUACCAACCAGCUGAACAGGGGUGGCAGCACUGGUGGGAUGGGAAAUAUGGGGCCUGGGGGAAUGGAAGGAAUGGGCUUUGGCAUGGGCAGAAUGACAGGAAUGGACAGUUUUGGUGGCGGAAUGAACAACAUGGACCGCUAUGGCCCGUCAGGAAUGGGCAGGAUGAACGAGAUGGACCGUGCUAUUGGUGGCACCUUUGACCGUGAUUUUGGACGCAGCGAGAUGGGAAUGUCACGGAACAGUUUUGGCGAGUCGUAUGAAAGGGGAAUGGGUACCUCAAUGCCCAUGGAUCGAAUGGGCUCCAGUAUGGAUCGCAUGGGGUCUGCUAUGGACCGUAUGCCAGGAAUGGACCGGAUGGGGAUGGACCGCGUCUCUGAUCUGGAUAGGCUGGGUUCUGGUUAUGAUCGAAUGGGCUCAGGAUUGGACAGGAUGGGACCCAGCAUGGACCGGAUGGGGUCUGGGCUGGACCGCAUAAGCUCGAGUGUGGAUCGUCUGGGUCCGGCAGGGUUCGAUAGAAUGGGUCCAUCCAAUUUAGACCGAAUGAGCGGUGGAAUGGAUUUCAUGUCCCCCAUGGGCAUGGACCGGAUGAACUCCGGCCUUGACAGGAUGGGUUCAAACUUUGACCGUAUGGGGUCCACUGGCAUCGACCGCUUCCCUAGCACCGGGCUUGACCGCAUGGGCUCUAGUAUGGAUCGCAUGGGCUCGGCUGCUGUGGGUGGCCAGUUUGAUAGGCCUUCGGAUAUGGAGCGAGGACGGUUCGGGGCUCCUUUUGGCGGAGCACCUGCUGAGGGGCCUGGAGCAAACGCCAAUGCCAGGAAGGGCUGCCAGAUCUUUGUCAGGAAUCUGCCUUUUGACUUCACCUGGAAGAUGCUGAAGGACACCUUUUCUUCAUGUGGUCAUGUGCAAUAUGCAGACAUCAAGAUGGACAACGGCAAGUCAAAGGGCUGUGGGGUGGUCCGCUUCGAGAACCCGGAGACUGCAGAGAGAGCCUGCAGGACCAUGAACGGCUACCGGCUGAACGGCCGCGAGAUUGACGUUCGGAUCGACCGCAACGCAUAAUCGAUUCGUCUUUUACCGAAACCUUUUUCCUUUAAUUGUGCAAAUAGUCUGCACUUAGUGUGGCUUGCCUCUUUUUAGUGACCAAAUCUUUUUUUAAAUCCUUUUCAGUUGACUUCUUUGCCUUAUUCAAGGUGUUUUGAUAAUACCAGUGUUUUGAAACAUUUGUCAACACUGUUACUGUGCUGUUAAGAAUGAAAGUUCUGAUUUGGUGAAUAAAUGCCAUUCUGACAA